AAUCUCACUCUUCCUCAUCAACAAUGGCACGAACCAAGCAAACCGCCAGGAAAUCCACCGGAGGAAAAGCUCCAAGGAAGCAGCUCGCCACCAAGGCUGCCCGUAAGUCCGCCCCAGCCACCGGAGGUGUCAAGAAGCCUCACCGUUUCAGGCCAGGAACCGUGGCUCUCCGUGAAAUCAGGAAGUACCAGAAGAGCACUGAGCUUCUCAUCAGGAAGCUUCCAUUCCAGAGGCUUGUCAGAGAAAUCGCCCAGGAUUUCAAAACUGGUCUCCGCUUCCAAAGCUCUGAUGUUUCCGCCCUUCAGGAAGCCGCUGAAGCUUACCUUGUUGGUCUCUUCGAGGACACCAACCUCUGCGCAAUUCACGCUAAGAGGGUUACCAUAAUGCCCAAGGAUAUUCAGCUUGCUAGGAGGAUUCGUGGUGAGAGGGCUUAA